AUUUAAAGGAGACCGUUCAGUAACGAUCUGAGUGUUGUGCCGCGCGUAUGAUUCUACAUUAUUAAAUAAUUAAGAAUAAUUAUAUUCAAUAAUGAGCGAGCCAGUAGUAACAGUGAAGCAAGGCCAAAUAAAGGGCCAUAUAAGGCAAACGUUUGAUGGAGAGAAUUUUUAUGAAUUCCUUGGAAUACCGUAUGCCAAGCCGCCAAUUGGAUCACUGAGAUUUAAGGCUCCUCAACCUCCUGAAUGCUGGACUGGUGUUAGGGAUGGUACCAAAGAAGGAAACUUUGCUUAUUGUUUGGACUAUUUCAGUGGCAAAAUCUGUGGAUCUGAAGAUUGCCUAUUUUUGAACGUCUUUAUAAAACAGCUACCCCAAUCAGGAUGCACGUUGAAACCAGUUAUGGUAUACAUUCACGGAGGUGGUUUUAUAGGAGGAUCUUCUGCCUUAUCACUGACUGGACCUAAACUGAUAUUAAACGAAGAUGUUGUUUUAGUUACUUUGAAUUAUCGAUUAGGAGCUUUAGGAUUUCUAUGCAUAGACGAUACAUCUCUUGAUGUCCCUGGGAACGCUGGUUUAAAGGAUCAAACAAUGGCUUUGAGAUGGGUUAAGGAAAAUAUAUCUUACUUUAAUGGCGACCCAAAUAAUGUCACAAUAUUUGGUGUGAGUGCUGGAGGGGCUGCAGUCCAGUUUCAGAUAUUAUCUCCGUCUGCUAAAGGACUAUUUCACAAGGCCAUAAUGCAAAGUGGUUCAGCCUUAAACCCAUGGGCGUGGGGCCAAAAAAAUUCUGUUGAGCUGGCUAAUUUAUUAAAACCCGGUAUAAAAACUGAAAAGGAAGCCCUAGAAAUUUUAGUAAACGCACCAGUAGCUGACUUGUAUUCCGCAUCGAUAAAAAUUACUGAUAAUCUUCUUGACAGUAGCAAAAGAAGACCAUUUGGACCAGUGGUGGAAAAACCAAAUCCCACUGCUUUUCUUACUGAUAAUCCCAUUGAUAUUUUAACCUCUGGAAGUUUUAGUCAGGUUCCUCUUAUUCAAGGUGUGGCUGCUAAUGAGGGAUUAAUAUAUGAAUUCUUAAAAAAUACUACUAAGAUAGAUCCUAAUGAAAUACCAGAUUAUGGGAUAUCAUGGCAACUAUCUCUCAAGAAAAAUAGCCAAGAAUACGAGAACAUAAAAAAUAAAAUCAUGGAACAUUACUUUAAAAAUGGCUUAACAUCGGAUGCAAUAUAUGAAUACUUAGGAGAUACGAUGUUUAUAAUAGGCAAAACAGAAUCCUUGAAACUUAGCGUGCAACAUUCUUUGAAACCUGUAUAUAAUUACGUACUGUCAUUGAUGCCUGAGAGUACCAUGAAAUUUAGAAAACUAUUUAAAGUACCAGAUUCUUCAACUGGAGCACACCAUGGAGCAGAAUUAACCCUUCUUUUUGAUACUCAAAUUAUACAGUUAACCGAUGAAUGCAUACAAGCCUCCAAAAAGUUCGUAAAGAUGUGGUCAAAUUUUGCCAAAAACGGUAUACCAUCAACAGAUGACAUUAAAUGGGAUCCAGUUACUAACCCUGAGGAACUCGUCUAUCUGGAUAUAUCAGAAAAUAGCCAAAUGAAGAAAAAUCCCUUUUCAAGAAAUGUUCAAUUCUGGAAUGAAGUUUUGCGAACAACACCAUAUGACAAAGCAUCGUUCAAUUCGUAGGUUAUAAGUGACAAUUUUUUUUAUUCACAAUAAUUCAUAAUCUAUGUUUUUCUUCAUUAUUGAUAUUAAAUGUCUAUCAACUUUACGUCAAAAAUGCAUUUGCUUUUCUUUUAUUUUUUUGAUGAAAACCUUAAAUACAGCGUAUAUGUAUUAGCUUUACAAAAUCAGAUUUCAUUAUCACAUAGUAAAGUUUAUUGAUCAAACUGUAAAUGUUAUCUUAUCUGCUUUUAUAUAUUUGUUUAAACCAUACCGAAAAUGUUUGCAAUAUAUUUAAUAUACCUUAAGAAAA